CGUCGCCGCCGGCGAGGGGACUGUCGCGACUUUCGCGGCUGCGGACGGCGGUGCGGGCGGCGCGGGCGGCCGUCGCCAUGAGCUACACAGGCUUCGUCCAGGGUUCAGAGACCACCCUGCAGUCCACCUACUCCGACAGCGGCUCCCAGCCCACCUGCGACUAUGGCUACGGGAGUUGGAACUCCGGGUCGGGCAGGGGCUACGACGGCUAUGGCUAUGGCUAUGGCUACGGCCACGGCCAGGAGAGCAGCUCCGGACCCGGUUCGGGCUACGGCUACGGCCCCGCCGCCCCCGGGCCCUGGACGGCGCCGCGCCCCGGCUCGCUGUCCAACCCCGCGGCGGGCCGCGACCCGGUGCUGUGCCGGAUGAGCCAGCGCGACGUGCUGCCCGACAACGACGGCCACGUGCUGCCACUGCCGGGGGGCGUGUACGGCGCGGGCGCCGAGAGCUCCUGUCUCUGGACGCAGCCUGGGCGGCCCCGGGAGGCUCUGCAGCACAGGUACGAGGCGUUCGAGGCCCCCGAGCCCCGGCCCGGCCCGGCGGAGCGCGAGCGCUGGCCCGGCUACGACUACGGCGGCGGCGAGCCGGAGCCCGACGCGGACGCGGCCUUCGAAGGGCAGCCGGGCGCCUACCGCGACCAGUUCCGCCGCGCGGGGGGCGGCAGCGACGGCUUCGGGCUCGGCCCCGGGCCCGGCCCGCGCACUCAGGGCUGGCGGGACCCCCGCGCCGGCCGCGCGCCGCCGCCCCCGCCCCCGCCGCCGCCGCCGUCGGAGUACGCGCGCGCCUGGGAGGACCCGCUGGGGGCCCGCGGCCAGUGUCUGCCCGGCGCGUCGCGGCUGCCGUCGCUCUUCGCGCACAACAUCAUCCCCGACUACGGCGGCUUCCCGGCGCGCGCGGCCGGCGCCUUCCCCGCGGGCUCCCGGCCCGCCCCGGGCUCCGGCUUCGGCUCCGGCUUCGGCUUCGGCAACGGCAUGAAGCAGCUGCGGCCGACCUGGAAGACCUGGACCAAGACCGACUUCCGGGUCAAGAGGAAGAAGAGGAAGCAGCCUGGCAACUCCGAGGGGCCCGAGGCCAAGGCCGCGCGCACCGACGGCUCCGAGAACAGCGACUCGGACAAUGGCGAGGCCGACAACGAUGAGGGCACCGAGGGGGAAGCCGCCGCCGAGGGCGCUGAAGGCGCCGAGGCCACCGAGAAGGCCCCCAAGCCCGAAGAAGACGAGGAAGGCAAGGAAGCUGGGAAGGAAGGAGCCAGAGACGAGGCCGAGAGGGGGCCCCCGAGCGCGCAGGACGAGGGCGCCGCGUCCAAGCGCAAGCAGCUGGCGGCCAAGAAGACGCAGGACAGGCAGAAGCGGCGCCAGCGGGACCGCAUGGUGGAAAGGAUCCAGUUCGUGUGCUCGCUCUGCAAGUUCCGCACCUUCUACGAGGACGAGAUGGCUGGCCACAUGGACAGCAGGUUCCACAAGGAGCACUUCAAGUACGUGGGUACCAAGCUGCCCAAGCAGACGGCCGACUUCCUGCAGGAGUACGUGACCAGCAAGACCAAGAAGACCGAGGAGUUGAGGAAAAACGUGGAGAACCUCGAUGCUCUGAUCCAGCACAUCUAUAGAGACCAGGACCUGACCCUCGAGAUCGCCAUGGAGCACUUCGUGCGGAAGGUGGAGGCUGUGCACUGCGCCGCCUGCGACCUCUUCAUCCCCAUGCAGUCGGGCAUCAUCCAGAAGCACCUCAAGACCACCGAGCACAACCGCAACCGCAGGGUGAUGCUGGAACAGUCCAAGAAGUCGUCGCUGAUGGUGGCGCGCAGCAUCCUCAACAACAAGCUCAUCGGGCAGAAGCUGGAGCGCUUCCAGAGGGGUGAGAACCCGUUCGUGGACAGCCCCGAGGAGGAGAAGGAGCCGGAGCCCGAGCCCGAGCCCCAGGAAGCUCAGGCGGGCGGCCUGGAGGAGGCGGCGCAGCCCCCCGCGCCCCCCGAGGGCGAGGGCGAGGGCGAGCCCCUGCUGGGCGGCGCGCUGCAGCGCCGGGUGCGCGGCAUCCCCGGGCUCGACGUGGAGGCUGACGACGACGAGGAGGCCGGCGGGGCUGCGCCCUGAGCAGCAGCAGCAGCAGCGGGCGGGCGGGCGGGCGGGGCGGGGCGGGGCGCCCGCACCCCAAUAAACCGCUCCACCGA